AGGGAUUAGCGGCGAGUUUGAAAAGGUAAACAUACACCCCGAGGUGGCCAUGGCAGCUAAACUCUCUAGGAGCUGGUCGUUUUUCAGCGGGCGUCGCCCCCACAACGGCGAAUGCCUCAGCCAGGACUACCAGCCCACCACACCCGGAACCCGGGUCAAUCUGCAGGAUAGAUUUAGCCAGGAGAAACACCAGGAGGGAAGAUGGCGAAGAGGGCCUUUACUACCGCCUCCUCCUCCACCACCCACACGCAACAACACAUUCAAGCAUCAUGGAAAUCAUGCUCCUGAAGCACCCGAGCACCACCCGACUAAUCCUAAUAAUGGAUGUGCGGAUAAGGAGCAUUCUUCUGGGCAAUGUGAGGAUGAGGAAAACGGUUAUGAGGAACCAUAUGAAUAUCCAUCAAAUAACUCAAAUCUGCAACGAAGCCAUCCACACCAUUCUCAAGAUUGCUGUGAUAGCAAUAGUAAUCGGCCAGCUGGAGCUGCCCCUUCCUCUGUACCCUUUCCACGGCGCUCGCUUCGCAAGCUGCCCUCCGGUAUAGCGCCCCUUUGGAACAACAUCCAGGAUAAUGUUUCACAGCUGAAGCCACAAACUAGCAGAUUCAUUAAUGAAGGUGGCAGGAAGAUGAAUCGUGCACUACAAGGGGUUAGGACAUCAUUUUCAUCAUUUACACAGAUGUUUCGAAACUCUACUCGGCGGCGGUAUAAGUUGGAUGGUGGAACACCCACUCGUACUCCAAGAAGAACUCCUGGCAAACUUUAUUCCCCUUUUGACAUGAGUACUCCUGCCACUCCUCACAGCUAUGCCAAGGGACCUAAAAGGCUUCAAAAUGCUUCUGCUAGAAGGAACAUCUAUGGUAAUGAAAAUAGAGGUGUUAUACGAUUGGCUCAGCAUCAUGCAGGUUCUCCGUUGGGCCCUCGUCAAUGGAAUCAUUUCCAUUCUCCUUCCCAGGCUUUACAUCGUGAUAUCACGGCUGUGAACAGAGGCCUGAAGGACCUUGAACAUGUGAGCAGUGGAAUCCUUCAUAAUGAAAAAGAAAAAUGGAUUCAGUUUCAGUAAAUGUAAGCCCUUGUAUUGACUGAACCUUUCACACAAUUUUACACAAUACACAAUUUAUUGUAUGAUAGUGUGGAGGUAUUCACUGUCUGACUUUAUGAUGAAGCUGAAAUCUGUGAAUGGGGAUUUUUGAACUCCUUUGUUACUUUACAGUGCUUAGAAAGAGUUUUUAAAUAGGGAAUUUACUUUUUAAUCAGCAAAUGUGUUUAAUUCCAUUCAUGCUCAACAUGUUUUCCAAGUUCAACUUUGAUGAUAAAAUAUAUAUAAUGUAAUUUUAUAUAUAUAUAUACGGUAUAUACACAUACCUAUCACGCUUUGAAGUUCAAACGUAUAUUUCAUGGAUAUUAUUUUAACUAUCGGUAAAAUGCACACGUUAUUUUUGCAUUUUCAUGCAUUUAGUAGUUUGCAAACUUUGUUUUAUCAAGGAUGUAAUACUUAUUAGCAGAGGCAGCUCUUUGUUAUACUACAUACCAUAACUAGAUUAUUGUAUAGGAAAUUUUUCUCAUUCAUUUAAAACUGUGUGUUUGAAUUGUUUCUUUACACACUCCAUACUUAACCCGUGUCUUCCAAGCUUCACUCGCAUACUCUGUUUUCCUUUCUUCACAAAUUUCACAUAUUCAUUUACUCAUUUCUUGUGUUUUUAUACACUCUUUGCUGAAGCAUGUGUGGCAUUCACUAACCAAUGUGCUAGCAUGAUUCUUGCUAGCUAGCAAGAAGACCUUACCUUACUAGGUAAGGUAAGCUAGCAUGCUAGCAUCUUGAUUAAAAAAAUUUGACACUUCAUUUACCACAAAAGAAAACACAUCUCAAUCUUAACUCGUGCACUUCAUUUUUCAUCCAUUUAAUUUUCAGUGCACUUAAUAUUUUAUUUUUAUAAAAAAAAUUCCAUGACUUUUACAUUAUGUUCGAUUUAUUUUUCCAAAGAUUUGUAUAAGUACACGGGGAUAAUUUUAAGUACAAUUGUUUGAUUCUCUUAUACCCUACAUUCCAGUUUAUGAUUUUCAGCUUUAUAACUGUAGCAUAAAUUUCUUUCGAGCCAGUAUUACUGAUGGGAAGUUUUUCAGAUAAAAUUUGUGUUUUUGAGAUAUUUAUGGAAGGGAUUUAGGAUGAAGCAUCUAUAGAUACAGUAUUCAUUAGUGGGGGUCAGUGUACACAAGACAUAUCGAAGCUCUCAUGACUAGUUUUUUAAGAUUAUUUUUAGAGGCAAGGUUCUCUUUCUGCCAUAAAUUCUUUAAGUACAAGUAAAUGACCAUUUUCGUUUUGUUCUGAUGAGAAUUUCUCUUAAGCUCUCAACGAAUGUUAUCUACCAGUGGGAGAAGACUUUAUUUGUAGAUUAAGCUCCACUCGGAGGAAAACUUUCGUUAAGAAAGUUCUCGGUGAAACCUUAUUUACCAAUAGUUUUUUUGUUUGGUAUUUCUUCUCAUCAUUAUCAGUCCUUGGUGCUUUCUCUGUAAAGUUCAUGUAUUCUAACCUGUAGAGAUCAGCAAUUUAAGACUGGACAAGGAAAAUUACUGCUGUGUUUAUAUGCAUAUUUUAGAGUAAUUAAUGAUACUUAAAUGGGCAUCUUUCACAAAGUGAAUUUUCAAAUGCAUUUGAGUUUAAAACUUUUGCUAUUUUGAAGAGACAAGGUGUACUAUUGAGUAAAUAGAAAAUUUGCUAACCCUAUAGCCCUAUAGUUCUCUUGCAUUAAUUUUUAGUUUUGUCUGGAUGAGGUAUUAAGUGUCUUUUGUUUUGGGGAGGUGGGGGCUUGUUUCUUGCACGUUAGUACAACAUAUGCAUUCACAAGCAAGAUAUUCAUGUGAUUGUAACUAUGUUGUCUCAGUAAUGCAGGAGGUGUUCCUCUUCUGUACGUUUAUAUAUAUAUAUUUUAUUAUUAUUAU